AAUGGCGUGCCGGGCGCCCGGGACGGGAAUGGGGCGCGGGGCGUCCUGGUAGGGAUGCGCCGUGGGCGGGAGCAGGCCGCAGCCUGGGACCCCCGGCAGACACCUUCUCGGGACCAAGGGUCGUGUGAUGUAGGGCUGGCCCCUCUCCCUGGGUUUGGUGUCAGCCACCCCCGUCGGCUGAGUCACAGGGCGGGAUGGGGGCGCGGCCGCAGGACUCGGGGAGAGGGUGGGCAGGGCACUGCAGGAUGUGGGUGGGAGCGCGGGCGCGGUCCGCAGGUUCCCGGGAAGGGUGGUGCUGCGGCUCUCGCGGUGGCUGGGCGGGCGCUGCCCCAGGCACUGCCCUGCGGGGGACCUCGGGGGUACCGGCCCGGUGCGGGGCAGGGCGCGGGGCGGAGUUGGCCCAUCCUGACUCCUUCCUGGCCUCCCGGACCACACAGUGCCCCCAGACCCCACUGUCCUGUCUUGGUCUCCGGGUCCCCACAGUUUAACCCACUGCGUGAGAUGACAGUAGUGGGUCCUGAAACGACAGGGGCGUUUGGGGUCCGGAGAGCAGCGGGCAGCUGGACCGAGGGCAGAGGGGAGAGAAGCCCCCGCCCAACGCGGGAGCUGGAGGUGCUGGGGGAGAGGGGCAGGGGCGGGCUGGCAGGCCCUCCCUCCCGCGGGCAUCUGCCUGUCUGGCGCCCCUCAUCCCACGGCCCGGCCCAGCGCCCCACCUGGGCUGGCCUGUCGUGUGGGCUGCUGUGAACAUCGUGGGCCUGUGACCCGGGGACGCAGUGAAGGGCUGAGGUGGAUGGACGGAAGAGGCACAAAGGAGUCCAGUGAUGGGGAGGUGAUGACUCCCAGGGUCUCAGGCUGGGGUGGGGGCAGGUGGAUGGAGUUAGUUAGGGGCUUGGUUCUGACGGGGUUUGGUGUGGGAUUGAGACAUCCUGGGAUGAGAAGUUUCAACAUCCUGGGAAGGGAAGGGUUCCCGUCACACUGGGGCAGGGUGGGGCCUGUGCUGGGAGCUGUCUGGACAGGACGGGCCUUUCAGAAAGAUCCAGCUGCCCCCCACCCGACAGGACUGCACCUCGGUGGUCACUGGGCCUCUCCCAUCACUGGGUGCUGACUCUGCAGGCAGAGGCCCAGCCUCGCCUCCUGGCGGGCCCAGUGGGAGUGGCCCGUGAGCGAGUGUGUGGGGAGGUGAGCCUUUCUGGUACUUUCUAGGGCAGAGCCUGGUCUGUAAGUUCAGGGAAGCAUGGGAGGUCGUGUGUGGUUGAGCCCUGGGGGGAGGGGGAGGAGAGACUGACACCCAUCCAAGGCCCAAGCACAGAAAGCCGAACCCUGACAGCGGAGUUUGCAGCAAAGUAAGGCUUCCAAGCAAGGGAGGAGGGAAGCCUCAGGUCCACUCUUCAUUGGUCUGAGCUGGCAGUUUUUAUUUUUCUUAAUUGAUCUUUUGCAUUUAAUGAAAAGAAAGAACUAUUCAUUGAAAGACAUUUUUAUGAGAAUGAAACAACAAACCACCCACUGGGGUAAAUAUUCUCAUUACACGUAUCUGACGACAUAUAAAUAACUCCUCCAAUGAAUAGAUCAAAGAUCAUUAAACAUAGGCAGUGUGCGUGAACUGGCACUCCCAAUUUACACUUAGAAAAAUCGAGUUCGCAGUUUUUAAAGGGGAAGGACAGAGGAGCUGGGGUGAAUCAUCUGAGCCAUCUGCCGUCUACGUGUCUGGUCUGGUGGUCUGUGACUCCGGAGUCUGUGUCAACAUACUCUGUAAAGGUCAUCUUGCCCUGGAAGAUGACUCAGAACAGCACAUAACCAGUGAUGCUUCUUGGAACUGUGGCUCCAAGCCUCUGACCUUCACUGCUCCUUAUUGAUUAGGCAAAAAUGUGAUCAAACAGGUAUGGGCUAGGACAAGAGGGAAAACAAGAACAGACACCCGGACACGAGUGUUAAUUAUAAACCAGUCACAGGACUGGGUUUCAAGACUCCCACAAUUCAUAAUUGAACAAAUGAAUGAAUAGAGACGGAUUUGACCCCAUAAAAAUGGAAAACUCCUCUGUGUCAAAAACAAAGCGUCAGAAAAUGACGACCCGGAAGGGCAAGGCAGGCGGUUCUGUGGCUUCUGUCAUCCUGCAGCUCGGGGCGGUGGCGGGGGGCGCCUUGAGGCGCCUCGUUACGCCUGACCCUCCGUCCCCGCUGGACCUGGGUCUGCAGGUGCUCGCAUUUUAGAACUAGGAGGGUAACACCUGUGGAAAGGCUUGUUUUUUCGGAGCGGGCGGGAGCAGGGGAUCCACCACCAUCACUUGGGUUUUGACAGAGACUCACAGGCAGGCAGAGGAGGGGGCGGCUUACACUAGGUGUGCCCUGAUGGAGUCUCUGGGCCCGGGGAGGCUGUGGGCAGGCCCACUGCAAGCUGGGCGUCCUGUUUGAUUGCUUUCAGGGGCAUAUUGGGCCUUCUCUGGUUGUCCUGAGUUAGAAGGGGGAUGGGGCAAAAAUUAGGGAAGGUGACGGUCACGGCCACCUCCUGACAUUCUGGGCCAAUGGCUGCAGAGGCUGUGGUUUGGCUUCUGGACGGUUGUUGCACAGAUGGUGGGUCUCUUGUCACAUGGACGUGGUCUGGCCAUUGUCUGUCUGUAUAGUCAUUGUCUCAUGCUGCUUUAUGGAGUCAAUGUUGCUUUCUUGCUGCAGGUUUGGGUCCAGGCAUGUUUUCCAGCUGCCGUGGAAGGCAAGCUCUGAAGGUCAAACUCUUGAAUGCUGAUCCACCCUUUCCUUGCACCUGCUGUGUGGCAUAGGAGUAACUGCUGAACCUCUCUGUGCUUAAAUGAAGCGCUAAGUGAAUUAAUGAGCAUAAAAUGCUUGGGACGGUGUCUGAGCCCUAGGGUGGUUUCACUCAUGACGAGCUGCUGAAGGUGUGGAAAGGACUGUUCUAUUGUAUGUGGAUGCAGGACAAGCCACUCCUCCAGGAGGAACUUGGCAGGACCAUUUCCCAGCUCAUCCACGCUUUCCAGACCACAGAGGCACAGCACCUGUUCCUUCAGACAUUCUGGCAAACCAUGAACCGCGAGUGGAUGGGCAUCGAUAGGCUGCGCCUGGACAAGUUCUACAUGCUCAUGCGGAUGGUCCUGCACGAGUCGCUGAAGGCUCUGAAGACGCGCGGAUGGGACGAGAGACAGACCGAGCAGCUGCUGGAGCUGCUGAUGACAGAGAUCCUGCACCCCGACAGCCAGGCCCCCAACGGAGUGAAGAGCCACUUCAUCGAGAUCUUCCUGGAGGAGCUGACCAAAGUGGGCGCCCACGAGCUGACGGCGGACCAGAACCUCAGGCUCAUUGGGCCCUUCUGCACGGUCGCCGCCCGGACUCAGGACUCCCUGGUUUUGCACAACAUCACUCGAGGCAUCUUUGAGGCGAUUGUGGAACAGGCCCCGCUGGCCAUCGAGGAUCUCAUGAAGGAACUGGCGGAGGAGCGGGAUGGAGACACGCCAUCCAGGGAGCCCCCUGAAGGCUCUGUCAGUGGGGCUGAGCCUGACCCAGGCAAGGAGCAGUGGGGCGACGACGACGAGGAGGACAGCGCCGGCACCGUCCUGCAGUUCGACUACGAGGCCGUUGCCAACAGACUGUUCGAGAUGGCCAGUCGCCGGGACACCCCUCCGCAGAACCGGAAGCGCCUCUACAAAGUCAUCCGGAAGUUGCAGGCCCUCUCGGAAGGCCUCUUUCCCGAGGACGACAUCCCAGAAAAAGCCUACAGGAAUCCGCGGGGUGGGAGACGGGUGAGGAUGAAGAAGCGCUUGUCCGAAUCCCAGCUGCAGAACAAGAUAGGGGGAGCUGCAGAGGAGGCCUCGCGUCCAGACCCGAGCCCGGCAUCCGCGAGGCGGCGCCGGAGCGCAGGGGCCGACCCCGCCGUGCCCCGGGAGCAGCCCGGGGGCCGUGGCAGGAGAGGGGCCCCCAGGAGGCGGCGGCGGCCUUGGGCGGGCGCCAGAGCGAAGGCGGCCGAUGGCCAGGCGCCAAAGGCGAAAAGGAAGCGGGCCCUGGAGGGCCAGAAGUGAUGUCCACCAGGCGCUCCAGGGAGGAUGAGGGAACGGGACAGUCAGGCUGGGUUCCCGAGACUCUGGACACCGACCGCUCCCCGACUUACUGUGUCGGGAAGUGGCAGAGGUCAGGACUCAAGGGGGUUGGGCCCUCACUUAGCGCCUGCGUCCCAGAACGUGCUGCGGCUGUGCUGACCUCGGUCAGGCCGGCGGACCCCCGGGACUGGAGCCUCCCUGCAGGCACCCUCCCCAGGCAGGGGACCGGCUGCCCGCCGGGCGUCUGUAAAUAAAGUGCCACGCGGUGC